AAAUAUUUGACAGAUCCAACAGAAAUCAGUUAUAAGUUCCCAGUAAUAAAUUUGGAAGAAGUUGUAUGUUGAAAAAUAAACUGUUGUUUUAGCAUUAAACGUUAUUAUACUCUUGUAAUUGUGCACCGGAUAUCUGGAUCAAUUUACCAUCAAAUGUCCCCAUACUUCCGUGUUAUUUUUGUUUUUGAAGAUAUUCUGAAUGUCAUCACCAAAUACCCCGGUUGUCGAUAUGGACGUUGAUGGUCCAACCAACGGUCCAGGGACUUUGAAACGUUGUUCUAGUGCCCCAAUGAUCAACGAAGGUAACGCAGUAAUGGCUACAGCACCCCCAACCACAUCUACUAUUAGGGAACCAAGUCAUAACAUAUUCGGUGCUUCUCAAACCAGAACAAGAAGAUUUAGUGCUAGUUUUAGCCCACUUACAGGAUCACCCGUUUCUGCAUUGAGACUAGCUCCCAGAAUAAGCCAAUUGAGACAAGAAGAACAUGCUGACAUAAGUAAUUCUCGGGAACUCGCACAUGAGCGUGAAAUCCAACAUACAAUACAAAUUUCACAGUCAUGGGAAGAUCUCAGUCUUAUGGGAGAUUCUACUGGAGAGAACAAGGCUAAAUUGACGCCCCUCCAUGUCAGUUUGGGAUCAUUCAAUCCUCACCAUAGUUCACCUUCACCAACUCGUUUGUAUUCCCCAAAUUUCCAAAGUCCUACGAGGGCUUCUCGUACCUUAAUUAGGAGAAGCGCGAGUCCUGUCCUCAAGCCAAGCCCAUUGGGUGUUAAAAGAAAGUUGGAUGAAGAAAAGGUGGAUUUUUAUUCUAGUCCAAAGGCAAAAAGAUUUCACAGUUUUACACCUGUUGAACGUGGGGGCCUACUAACCACUACUGCUCCAUCGUUGCCAGGCUCUUUGAGUUCAGUUGGGACACCAGAAUCUUUCUCCAGUGCUGAUUCACCAAGUUUUAAUUUUAGAAAUGUUGAUAGUCCUUCUCCCAGUAGAGCUAUGAAUGUCGAAUCAUCUGUAGAACCCAUGGUUCUAUCUAAAAAUGACCAUGAUAUGGCUGAUAGCCCAAGUUAAAUCUCAGUCAUAACUUAGAUUUGGGUUAUCACCAUAUUCUUGUUUUUUGUGUUUGAAUGUUAGCAACUUGUGUUUGUUACAAAUUGAUAUUUUAUUUUCUUAUUUAUUUUUUUAAGUUAUAUAACUUCUUAACAGAUUUCAAUAUUUUUUAAUAGCCAAAAAAAUAAGAGUUUCAUAGCCCGAUUGACCGUAAUUUCUCUCGAUUUUGGAAAUGUUUUCAAAUUUGAUAUUAUUAUAAUCCACUGUAAGUGAUUUUUCUGAAUUUUAUGAUAUGAAUAUUAUGAAUUGAAUGAAGUGCACAUUGUUGAAUUAUCCAAUGGAAAGAGUGUUGGACAUCUAGAAAUAUUGAAAUGACUUUUAAUAUUGUAGAUUAAAAUGUUUUUGUUCAAACAGACAAAUGCAAAAUAUCUAGUCUGUUAAAGUUUGUUUUAGUUGAAAUCAUAUCUGUAAUAUACAGGUUGUCUCAUAAGUAGUUGGAAAUAUUUAGAGUAUUUCUUGAACUCAAAAUAUGAAGUUUUAACCCAAAUCAACUACAUAUGUAUAAAUGUACACCUCAGGAGGCACCUUUUAUCUAGGUAAAUUAGGGUGAAUCUUUAUAUUUCAGUCUCAAGAUUCUAUAGGGGAAAUAUUUCAAUUUACUUAAGAUACACCUUGUUUAUUUAUAUAAAUAUAUCUACCUACAAGACUUCUUGUGGUGCUAUUAUGAGAUAUAUCUUGAUUAUUGAUAUUCAUCAAGAUAUUCUACCAGAAAGGCAGUGUCCUAAAAAUCUUCAUUAUUUUGGAAAGAACUUGAGAUCUUUAUAAUGUUAUAUCUUCUAAAAAUAAUUGUUAUCUAGCAGUUUUUCCGUUUGUUAGGUAUCCCCCAUAUCAAGUAUUUAAUGUAAAAUUAUGUUGAGAUAUACGUUGUGCAGAUAAGAAAUAUUGUAUAAAAUAUGGUAGUUCUAAAUGAAAAGAUCAAUUUCUUACAAGUUAUUUCACAACCUAUUUUUUCUGAGAUAAGUAUAUUCUUGCCAGAAUUAACUUUCGUUUUUCAAAUUAGCAAGAAGCAAAUAAAACAUAAAAAGUUUUAUGUACAUGUUGAACUAUUUGAAUUGGAAUAUUGAAUUAUAAGGUAAAGAGUUAUUUUAGAAAGGCUGAAGAACUUAAGCUGAUGAUGAUCAUUGACAGUAGUCAAAAACGAUUGGUUAUUAAUGUUAUUUUAGAAGAAUAACUCAAGACGAAGGAUGUUUUUUGUGCAAUGCAUAAUUAAUUCUUAUUUCGCCCUAGUUGUUAAUUUUCCUGAAAUAUUCUGUACAAGAUCUUCCAAAUGUAAAUAUUAGAAUAAUGAGUGUAUAUUAGUAGUUGAAUAAUUCUAUGAAUAUUUUGUAAUAUUUUUAGGAUAAAGAUUAUAGACUGAUCACCCA